CGAGGGUACUUGAGGUUGAGGGGUGACGAUUGGAGGCCUCGGACUAGCAUCUGAACUCGGAGUGGAAGGCGUGGGCUGAUUUGAGGAUGCUGCGGCUGUUGAUUCGAAGAUCGUCGACCCUGACGGAGAGGGUGAUCUGGUUGGACUAAAGGAAAUGUAUCGCACUGCACAUCCACCUGUGACGUAUUGGCUUGCAUCGGAGACCGACCCUUCGCGAUCGCUUCGAAUAGGGUCGGGGCUGGCAUUGUGAGGUUCCACAGCAGCUUCUCCCCAAGUCUCAUCGGGCCAUGAAGACUUGGAAACGUCUUUCAGAGAGGGUGUGUUUAAUUCAUAAUUUGGUUCUUGUAGGUGGAUGGAUUGAGGAGCCAAAGUUGGCGGAUUGUCUGAUGCUAAAUAACAAUCGAGACAAAAGUCGUGGAGAAUUUGGAGGGAGAAGGCUGUGCAGGUGUAUGCCACCCAGGAUAGGCGACCACACCCGCAAACAAAGUCGUCGUGCGCUUAUUCAAGGGCCUAAAGCCGCACAAACGGCGAGAAGAUGGCUGUCCCAAGAGAUUUGUGGUAUCAAGCAGUGUCUUAAUCAGUGGAAAGUUGGGGAUGAACUUGCUGACUUAUAUCUUAGGGCAGCUCGAGCCAUGUGUGGCUCGAGCAUGCAGGUAUAUCGAAGGCCUCCAAUCACGUAUCGUUCCUCCCCCAAACUUAGAUUUCGGUGUGUGUCUCGAAGGCCACCAAUAGAGGAGGCUUGCAGCAAGACACGGCAAAGCAUGCAUGAACUGGGCAGAAGCCGGGCGAGAUGGAGAAGCCUCAAAAUCUGGGUACCACAGGGUACAAGGUUGAUUCUCGAUGAAGUGAUUGGCGGCCGCCGUGAGGCCUCGCAACUCAAUUGAACUCUGUAUAGAGCGGAACAGUGCCCAGAUUUGCAUUCGGUGUCUGAAUGAGAAUGAACCGCACGCAAGAUUUGAUGAAGCAUUGUCGAAUUCCUGGUGUCGGAGGACCAUGCAUUUGUGGCCUCUGAACAUGCCCUGCAGAGAGGAUG